AUGACGAGCACCGGGUCUGGGACGGCCUCCAAGCCAGCGCGUCCGCGCUCCCCUCACUUUCCACCCCACAACGCGCCUCGCGUCUGGUUCAUCACAAGAGGCGUCUCGCCCAUCGCGAUUGCUCUAGCAAAACAAGUCCUCGAGCAUGGCGAUUACGUCGUAGCAGGUGUAGUCCCUGUUGAGUUUGAGAAGAGCGAAGACCAGGUUGAAGACUUCAAGGCUUUCCUUGAGGAGGUGAAGAGCACGGAGAGAUGGCGGGAACGACUGCGAGUCGUCGGUCUGGACGCAAGGGUCGUUGGACAGUGCCAAGCAGCUGUUGCAGAGGCGGUCGAGGCCUUUGGGCGCAUCGAUGUGUUGCUCUGCGCAGCCAGUGAAGCUGUCAUUGGAACUGUCGAGGAGUUAGCGCAGAGCAGUCGCACUAUCAGCCUGGUAGACGAGAUCUUUGAGAUCAACUUCUUUGCCAACGUGAACAUCAUCAAAGCCGUCCUACCCGUGAUGCGCGAAAGGAAGAACGGUCACAUGAUCGUCAUCACAGGAAUCACCGGCCACCUUGGAACACCGGGACUUAGCAUAUAUUGUUCAUCGCAAUGGGCUAUCGAAGGCUAUUGUGACAGCCUUGCGUAUGAAAUUGCGCCCUUUAAUGUCAAGAUGUCCAUUGUACAGGCCAGUAUGGAGGUCAACGUGCUGACGAACAGGAUCACCUCGGUCCCACCCAUGCCGGAGUACCUGUCCGAAGAGAACCCCGCGCCACUCGCUCGGGAUAUCUUCUCAGGCAUUCUUGACAGACUCGACAGCAUCGAAAACCCCCGUGCCGAGGACGCCACGUCGCCCGCAUACAGCACUUCUACCAUGAGCCCAGACACCGCAAUGGCCGAUUCAACCAUCGGGGACCUAUUGAACGCCGAUACAAUCACCUCGCUCUAUUCGCCGUUACCCGCCGCACUGAAAAGUUCGCUCAUAGCUGAAACCGUCCAUGCGCUCACCGCUAUCGGAGGGCACGAUAACCCGCCGGCGCGCCACAUUGUCGGGUCUGAGGGCGUCACGGCAGUGAAAGAGAAGCUGCUGACGACGAGCGAAGAGCUGGAGGACUUCAUCGAGGUUAGCCAUGCUGUCGAUAUUGCGAAGGAUUAUCGAUCUGCGGAGCCAUCGGCUUUUGAUUAG